AUGGCACCUGCGCUGGAACUCCUCGAGAGCCCUACUGAGAAACUGCCAGUCAAGGCAGUUUCAAGCAUCGGAAAUGGAGCCUUUUCUGCUGCUAACCCCAGAUUUGAGAGCGCAGAUACGCAUCAACGAGUGAUGAACGUUUUCCGAGCCUUCAUUGCUGAUGUUUGCCAGCAAUACGGCGAAGGCCAUGCUGGAUCUCCCAUGGGUAUGGCAGCUAUUGGUAUUGCCCUGUAUAAAUAUGUGAUGAGAUAUUCUCCAAACAACUGCGACUACUUCAACCGGGAUCGAUUUGUUCUUUCGAAUGGCCAUGCUUGUCUAUGGCAGUACCUAUUCAUGCACCUGGUUGGCGUCAAGAGCAUGACACACGAGCAGCUCAAGACCUACCACUCAUCGAGGCUCGACUCGCUUUGUCCCGGCCACCCUGAGAUAGAGCAUGAGGGUGUGGAGGUCACAACCGGACCCCUCGGCCAGGGCCUCGCCAAUGCCGUUGGCCUUGCCAUGGCCACCAAGAACCUUGCCGCCACAUACAACAGACCUGGCCAUGAGAUGGUAAAUAACAUGACAUGGUGCAUGGUCGGGGAUGCGUGCCUGCAGGAAGGAGUUGGACUCGAGGCGCUCUCUCUCGCUGGCCACUGGAAGCUGAACAAUCUGUGCGUUAUAUUCGACAACAACUCUGUUACGUGUGAUGGAUCUGCAGACGUUGCCAACACCGAGAACAUCAACGCCAAAAUGCGAGCUACUGGUUUCAACGUGAUGGAUGUGUCCAAUGGUGACUCGGACGUUGUCGCUGUGGCACGAGCCCUUGCCAGCGCUCGACUGAGUGACAGGCCCACAUUCCUGAACAUCCGCACCACAAUUGGCUUCGGAUCGGCCAAAGCCGGCACUGCGGACGUGCACGGAGCUGCGCUCGGAGUCGACGAAGUGGCUAACUUCAAGAGGCGAUUCGGUCUCAACCCUGACGAGCACUUCCAGAUUCCCGAAGACGUUUACAGCUUCUUCAGGGAUCUUCCGAGCCGCGGUGAGGCCCACGAGGCGGCCUGGCAAGUAGCUCGUUUGAGAUAUCGUGAAGAUUACCCAGAGCUAGCAGCUGAAUUUGCGCUGCGUGUCGCAGGAAAGAUGCCCGAGGACUGGACCAAAUGUAUUCCCCGCAAGGAGGAGCAGCCAACUGCGCCAACUGCAUCGCGCAAGUCUGCCGGCGUCAUUACCAACGCGCUUGGAGAGGGAAUUAAUUCCUUCUUGGUUGGCACGGCGGAUCUUACUCCUUCGUGUAAUAUCGCCUACAAGAACAAAGUCGAUUUCCAAUCGCCUGACCUUAGAACUACUUGUGGUCUGAAUGGAAAUUACAGCGGACGAUACAUCCACUACGGAAUCCGCGAACACGCCAUGUGCGCCAUUACCAACGGGCUUGCGGCCUUCAACAAGGGCACAUUCAUCCCCAUGACGAGCACGUACUUAGUCUUCCACCUCUAUGCCGCGGCCGCUAUACGCAUGGCUGCGCUUCAAGGCCUCCAGCAGAUCCAUAUUGCCACCCACGACAGCAUCGGUGUCGGCGAGAACGGACCCACGCAUCAGCCCAUCGCUGUUUCUGCGCUCUGGCGAGCGAUGCCCAACCUCCUCUACAUCCGUCCAUGCGACGCUGAAGAAGUAGCCGGUGCCUAUAUCGCGGCUAUCCAGGCUACCGAGACGCCAACCGUCAUCUCCCUCUCCCGACAGAAUCUGACCCAGUACCCUCAGUACUCAUCGCGGGAGGGUGCAAUGAAGGGCGGAUACGUCUUCACCGAAAGCGACAGUGACGACUUUGACGUGACUUUGAUCGGUGUCGGCUCUGAGAUGGCCUACGCAAUGCAGACUCGAGAACUGCUUCUAAAGGACUAUGAUAUCAAGGCACGAGUUUUGUCCUUCCCUUGCACAAGGCUCUUUGAGCAACAGUCGAGGGAGUACAAGCAAUCAGUUCUAAAGCCGCGCGCCGAGAAGCCUACGGUCGUAAUCGAGGCGUACCCGUCGAACGGAUGGGAGCGCUAUGCUGAUGCUUCGGUUUCGAUGAACCGCUUUGGCAAGAGUCUUCCUUCUAAGGAGACCUAUGAGCAUUUUGGAUUUGCGCCGGAGAGCAUCGCACCGAAAGUCAAAGACCUGGUGGAGGAAGUUAGGCGUGAUGGUAUCGGCAUUUUGAGGGGUGACUUCAGGGACUUUAAUGGGUGUCUGCAGGUUGGGUUGGGGCAUUAG